AUGGUAACGACACAUCUUCCGUCUUAUAGAAAUCGUUCGUUUGGUAUAGGAAUACCACAAAGACUUCACCUCCCACUUAUUUUUCUAAGAGGACUCAGUCUAGUUCCUGCCAUUUAUGGGCUUUAUUCAAUUUCAGAUGCUAAUAAUAUAGCAGAACGAAAUGCUGGUGGUAUCUUUGAACUCAGAAGUACUGAAUUAGACUAUUGGCUAGGUGCAAUGUGGAAAAGGUUUUCAAUGUCUCUUUAUUAG